AUGUAUAUCUAUUUAGAUCCUCAAAAUAAUCUUGUCUCAUUCAACAAAUAUUCAUUGUUACCUUUUUCAAAUGACUAUCUAUCAACAUGUUUUCGUCACUGUGAACCAGGUCGAUAUAUAAUUAAAGUGCCAAAGUGUAAUGAUUCAAUAUUUCUUGUUUGGAUCUUACCUAAUCAAAUACUAUCUGCUAAUACAAUCAUUGAUUCAUCAAAGAAUUCUGCACAACUUGAUUUUUAUCGAAUGCGAAAAGUUCUCUUCACACAUGUAACAUCAUCAGAUAAUCCAAUAUUUACUGAAUGA